ACACACACACACACACACACACACACACACACACACACUCACACACUCACACACAGCUAACUUGGCAGCUGUGAGGAUGGAGGUGGGGGACUCAGUGCCCGCUAAGCUACUUCAAGUACCUGCAUGUCUGAGGCUGACUUUGAAGCCUCCAGCGUGUUUGGAGUUAAUUCCCAUUAGGUUGGACUCCGCCCCUCUCUCCCAAAGGUAAAGCAAGAUUUUCAGGCAUCACUGCAAAGAGCAGCUGGGAUUCCCAUCCCCUUCUGACAAGCUGUAAGGAGAAGUUGUUUCUCAGAUUUGAGUCCGAAGAGAGGAAACAAGUCAAUCAGCCUUCGUGGUCAGAAGAGAAACCUGGGACCAUGCGGAGCAGCCUGACCCUGGCGGGGACCCUCUGGGCCUUCCUGUCCCUUGUUACUGCUGUGGCCAGUUCUACCAGUUACUUCCUGCCUUACUGGCUCUUUGGAUCCCAGCUGGGGAAGCCAGUGUCAUUCAGCACAUUCCGGAGGUGCAACUACCCUGUGAGGGGAGAAGGGCAGAGACUGAUCAUGGUGGAAGAGUGUGGGCGCUAUGCCAGCUUCAAUGCCAUUCCAAGCCUGGCCUGGCAGAUGUCCACAGUGGUGACAGGUGCCGGCUGUGCUCUGCUGCUCCUGGUGGCACUGGCUGCUGUCCUAGGCUGCUGCAUGGAGGAACUCAUCUCCAGAAUGAUGGGACGUUGCAUGGGAGCCGCACAGUUCGUGGGAGGACUCCUGAUAAGCUCAGGCUGUGCAUUAUACCCCUUGGGAUGGAAUAGCCCGGAGAUAAUGCAAACAUGUGGGAAUGUCUCCAAUCAAUUUCAGUUAGGUACCUGUCGGCUUGGCUGGGCAUAUUACUGUGCUGGAGGUGGCGCAGCUGCAGCCAUGUUGAUGUGCACCUGGCUCUCUUGCUUUGCUGGAAGACACCCCAAGCCUGUCAUGUUGGUGGAGAGCAUCAUGAGGAACACCAAUUCUUAUGCCAUGGAGCUUGACCACUGCUUCAAACCUUGAGCUUUAGCAGAAGAUUGGAGAGGGUGGGAAAGAGGAGGGAAGGGAGCCUUGCAAAGAGGUACUAAGACUAGGCCAGUUCCUACCCACUUGCCAGUAGUGUAACCCAGUGUUUGCAUGCUUUUUAACUCCCCAGUCAUUCAUCUUUGGUUUCCCUUAAGCCAGUGGGUCAGUGGCUAUUUACAAAAUUCAUCAAGAACAAUAAUUCUCAGAC